UUCAUUACAGUGGCCGCCCCUCUGCCCGCAGAACCAGAACAAUCCACAUUUGCUUCCUCCAGAACCACAACCAAUCAAGCCUUGCUCCCCUUCCUGGAUCCAUUAUCAACAGAACUCUAGGACAACACCAUAAUGUGGUCAUCGACCGGAGCCCACCAAGCCUCGGGAAAUCCACGACGCACCGAGGACCGAAAAGAAACGGCUACAGCUUCUGGGAACGCCGUCACGUUCAUCCGCGGACGACACGUCGUCCCCUCGAAACUCGAGAAUCUCCUCAAUGAUCGGUUUGGCGAUCAGUACGCGGUGGAGAUGCGGUACAAUUCGUACAAAGUGAUUGCAAGUCACAAGCUGUCAAACGACGACAUCAACAGAUGUUAUUAAGCUGUUUUGGGGGCAAUUUCUUGUAUACCCUCUCCUCUCCUGUUCUCCACCUUCUCUUGUUUUCUCUUGUUAUUAGUUGCCGCAAAGGGGAGCCGACAGGAAACAUGGGGUUUUCGCACUUGACUCAAUCAUUUAAUUACUUCAAGAUUUCUUUCAACCCAAAAUGAUGCAGAGGAGGUCAGAGGCGCGAAGCAGCCGAAUUACGGCCAAGGCCAAGGUCAGCCAUACCCCAAACCUGAACGGUAGCGAUGUGCGAUGUGCGCUGUUGUUCGCUCCCA